ACGUUUUCUGGUCGGCGGUAAAACCUCGGUUCCCGGCCCUCCCGGAAGUUGUUGCACAGUUGUUUCCGGGAAGCGGGACUCCAAAUGGGUCGCAGUCGUAGCCGCUCCCCACGGAGGGAACGUAGGCGUUCCCGGUCCACAUCCCGGGAGAGAGAACGCAGGCGCCGAGAAAGGUCCAGGUCUCGGGAGAGAGAUCGGAGAAGGAGCCGUUCGCGAUCCCCGCACCGAAGACGCUCCCGAUCUCCAAGACGACAUAGAUCCACAUCUCCUUCCCCUUCUCGACUGAAAGAAAGAAGAGAUGAGGAAAAGAAAGAAACAAAAGAAACAAAGAGCAAAGAACGGCAGAUUACUGAGGAAGACUUAGAGGGCAAAACAGAGGAAGAAAUAGAAAUGAUGAAGUUAAUGGGAUUUGCCUCCUUUGACUCCACAAAAGCAGUACAUGAAUCGAAAAGGUGGAUUCAACAGACCUUUGGAUUUCAUUGCAUGAGAAUUGAAAUGUUGAAGGAUAAUUUUUUUUCCGCUCAUCUUGGUCAGAGAGUGGAUUUUGUAUUUUGUAUUUAACUUGCAUUCAAAAAACAGGAUCUCAGUUCUCCCUUCUUGUAAAGAAAUAUCAUUUGUGGCAAGCCUCUUUCUUGUAACAGUCUUAAAACAUUGUGACAAAGCUAAACUCCUUUCAAACAGUACUCAGAAUGAUAUUGCCCAUUCCUAUUGCUGAUCCUUUGCUUUGUAUCUUUUGUCCAUGCCUCUAUGUAUAUAACAGAGUAGGAAAUUGGGAAAAUAUAUAGUUUGGGCCUUUAAAAAGAAAAUGCUGUAAGGGUUAUUUUACAAUGUAUUUACUCAACACUGUGCCUUGGGGAUCUUUUCUUGCCAGUAUAUGUAAGUCUACCUUUUAAAAAGCUGCCGCGUAGUGUUUUGUGUGAUGUACAUAUGACAGUUUAGCCAUUGCCUUUUUUUUUUUUUAACCGCUCUGGCUGGAGUGCUGUGUGGUGUGAUCACAGCUCACUGGAGCCUCAACUUCCUGGGCUCAAACAGUCCUCCUGCCUCAGCCUCCCAAGUAGCUGGGACUACAGGCUGCACCACCACACCCAGCUAAUUUAUUUUCUGAGUAGAGAUGAGGUCUCACUAUGUUGUCCAGUCUAGUCUCAAACUCCUGAGCUCAAGUGAUCCUCCCAUUUCAGCCUCCCAAAGUGCUGGGAUUACAGGCAUGAGUCACAGUCCUUGGCCAAUGCCUCAUUUUCUAAAUCACAGAUUUGUACAGUGACUAAUUUUUGCAAAGCAGCAUUUUUAAAGGUUUUUAAAAUUUAGUAUUAUGAUGUUAGGUAUCAUAUUAGUGUGUCCAAAGUAGCCACAAAGAAAGAGAUGAUACUAUUGAAGCAGAAACUUGAAAUCCUGAUUUACACUUCAAGGAACAAAAUCAUUUCCUCAAAACCUUAUGAGGCAAAAUUUAUUUUAAUGUCAUAGUAGUUAGGUAUCAAACUCAGUUAUAAAUAGGGGGCUUUAAUUCUCAUAGUGAUAGAACUUUCUAAGCACUUCAGGAUUAUAAUACAGUAACAGUUGUCUUCCCUGCCACUCUGGGGUGCUCUCUGAAGCGGCAUCUCCGGCAAAGAACUCCACAUUGUGUGAUGAGCCUGCUGCUUGUUCAGUAUUGGCAUUUACCUCUUAAUAUACUGUCCCGUGCCCAUCUGGAGUAUGAGCCCCCCAGAGGAGACUGGGCAGAGAUUUACUUGGCAGUAAAGAUUAUCUGACAAGUCUUAAUAUUUUAGGUCUUUGUAAUUCCCCCUUUUCAAGGUAUAUCUCAAUUAGUUUAUCUUGAUAUAUGCUCAGAGAUAUAAACUGUUGUCAUCCCAUGUUUAUGCUAUUAUACAUAGCUUUUUAUUUAAAGUUCUGGUCGUAAAACUCAGGUUCAAACAUCCUAGAAUUCACAACUUCUAUGUUUGGAGCUGUGACUCGCAGUCAGUCAAUGUUUAUAUCAUGCCUUUGAGGCACUAGGUAUUGAAAGUCACCACUUUUUCAUUAUCUUAGGAUUCUCAGUUCUUUCUUCAAGACUUAUACUUUCAGGUUUUCUUAAUUAACUGGUCAUCACAUACAUUUGUGUAAAAUAAUUUCUAGGAAACUCCGAAUCUCAAAACCUUUGCUUUAUACUUACUACUUCAUUUCCAGUAGAUGGCACCAAAUACCCUUUGAAGGUCUUCGUUAUACUAAUUCCUAGUUGGUGUUGCUGGCUAAUUGAUAAUUGCGUCCACCACCAAGGAACGAACAUGAUCUAUUCUUUAGUCUGAUUCUCUAAUUUUUAUAUAAUGUAGUAUUUUUGUUUGGAGUCUAAGCUAGACUUGUUGGCAUUUAAAUUAUUUGCUGUUUCUGGCUCAGAUUUCAACCUUUUUUCCUCCUUUUUAAAACAAAAAUAAGUGUGACUUUCCAGUCAGGGUGAUGGUAGAGGAAGGGUCAUGAUACUCACGUAGGACUUGGUUAAAAUAAAGAGUUGAGAGUAAGAGAAUAGAGACAUAUGCCAAAUGUUUGUAAUAAAAUCAAAGAGAAAAUAUAAAUAUACACAAAAUCCAAAAUGUUAGGAUAAAGAAAUCAAAGCAUUUUUAGUAUUACCGCUUUGGGUAUUUUAGUAGAAUUGCACUUGUUUAUGAUUUUCAAGUUUGUUUUACAAAUAACAUGCAAUUUAAAAAUACUCUUUAAAAACUGUUAGAUCCUUUUGUAUUCAUAAACAUAGUAAUUAGGUGUUCCCAUUCAUGUGUGAGACGUGCCCCCCAAAGAGCUUGUUACAGCAUUGGCACAUUACCUGUCUGAUGGGGAGAAAAAAAAACUGUUAUAUUUCUACCUUCAUUUCCAACUUUGUAUUGUACUUUGAAAACCUUUACCUACAGUAUGUGUAUUUCAUUAGUAUUUUCCUAAAGAAUCAGUUUUUAGAUCCAGUUAACCACUGAAACCAGAAUAUGCCUAUAUGUCAGGCAUGAUUUACUACAUGUUUAUUCUAUUUAUUGAGUUGAUUUAAUUUUAGUGGGUUUGUGGACCAUUAAAAAAUACAUGUUUAAUAUUUCCUACCAUAAUUACAUUUACACCUUUGUCUUUCUUUUUCUUUAGUACUUGAGUUGUCAGUGUUUUGUGACUCAGUCUGGAAAUCUGUUUAAACCACCUUGUCUUUAUACAACUACCAACAGGAGGAUUGGUAAUUUGGGCUCUGGGUGAGAUAGACCUAGAUUCAGUUUCCAUGUCUGCAGCUGAAUGCAUGACAAGGAAAAUCAUUUAGCCUCCCUGGGCCUCAGUUUCUUCACUUGCAAAAUGUAAUUAACACAACCUACCUCAUGAGGCUAUGUUGAAGAUUAGAGAUAAUGUACGUAUGAUGCCUACACAUAGUAAGCUAUUAUAUAUUGGCAACAAUAAUAAACUUAAAAAAAAAAAAAGAAAUA